AUGCAGUACUACAUGCGUGGCGCAGUGGCAGCGGCAGCUGCAGAGUCAUCAGAGUUGGGAGGGACACCCUUAUUCAUGGGUCCUAAACGUAAGAGUGUUCCAGAGGCAGCAGCAGAAGGUGGGGCUGAUCCCGCCCUUGUACAAAUGUUGGCUCUUAUGCAGCAACAAAUGGCAGUUCAUCCACCAGAGUUCAAGGGUGCUGCGAACCCGGUGGAGGCCAGCAGAUGGCUCAAGGAGAUAGAAAAAGCAUUUGAUCUAGCAAAUGUGGGGGAGGAACAAAAGACCCAGUUUGCUAGCUACUUUUUAAAGAAUGAGGCAAAUUACUGGUGGGAAUCGAAGAAAGCCUUAGAGGGAGGUAACGUAAUUACGUGGGAAAGAUUUAAAGUAUUGUUCUUGGAAAAGUACUUCCCUAGGCACAUGCAGAAUCAAAUGGAGAUUAAGUUUCUCGAGCUUAAGCAAGAUGACAUGAGUGUAGCAGAUUAUGAGGUCCGCUUCACGGAAUUGGCAAGGUUCGUUCCGGAUCAGGUUGAUACGGACGAAAAGAGAGCUAAAAGAUUUCAGCAAGGGCUGAAGGAUUGGAUCCGUAGUAGGGUGGCCAUGUUUGAAAUGACUUCAUAUGUUUCUAUAGUUCAGAAGGCCAUGAUCAUUGAAAAUGAAAGUGAAAUAUCCCAGAAAAAUAGAGAUGGGAAAAAGAAGAAGGUGGAAGCUCCAGAAGGAAGUCAGAGGCAAGGGAAUUCUCAGGGCAAUUUUAAUAAGAGGCCAGGGUUUCAGUCAAAUCGAAGUGUGGGGUUCAGAAGGCCACUAGUGGGAAAUAGAGGUCAGAAUAUUCAGUUUCGUCCUCAGAACCUGCAAAGAUUCAAUAAUCCACCAGCAUCGAACUGUAGAUUUUGUGGGGGUAAACAUUUUGGAACUUGUAGGAUGAACGUGACUUGUUACAAGUGUAACAAAAAGGGGCAUUAUGCGGGGGAGUGUAACAGUCAGGCACCGAACCCAAUGCCAGGAACGCAGUGCUUUAGGUGUUGA